AUGCGCGCCUUGGGUCGGUGCUGCCUUCACCGGAGCUCUGGUCCCGGGUCCCACCACGUCCCCGCGCCCCCCGCCCACGCAAGCAGGGAGGGUAGAAUUGCUUGUAGCCCCAGGACUCGAGGUGCAGGGUACAGGAAAGGUGGAGCCAUCCGCACAGGUUUAAGGAACCUUGACUCCUCGUUAAAAGACGCUUCAGUAUUUCGGAUCGCCCCGGUCGGUCCCGUGGGAGGUCCGCCCCUAGGAACGUCUACGGCAGUUGAAGACCAGAAAGGUGACCCCCUAAGACAUCCCCACGCUGCGUUCUGGGUUAGGCACCGCGCUCCGACGAGCGGGGCACCCGGGCGCCCAUGCAAAUUCGCCCUGACGCGGCGCACGCGGCCCCUGCGAGUGCUGGUGGACAUGGACGGCGUGCGGGCCGACUUCGAGGCCUGCCUCCUGCAGGGCUUCCGCCGCCGCUUCCGGGAGCCGCACGUGCCGCUGGACGAGCGCCGCGGCUUCUUUGCCCGGGAGCAGUACCGAGCCCUUCCGCCGGACCUUCAGGCCAAACUGGCCUGUGUGUAGGAAGCUCCAAGCUUCUUCCUAGACUUGGAGCCCAUCCCCGGGGCCUGGGACGCCAUGCAGGACACCGAGGUCUUCAUCUGCACCGGCCCUCUGAUGAACUACGACCACUGUGUGGGCGAGAAGUAUCGCUGCGUGGAGAAGCACCUAGAGCCCCAGUUCGUGGAGCGCAUUAUCCUGACGAGGGACAAGACAGUGGUCUUGGGGGACCUGCUCAUUGACGACAAAGACAGCAUUCAAGGUUGGAUCUGUUUCCUUGGCAACCUCCAGGCAUCUGGCCUGCCAGGAUUAGGGAGAAGGAGCAAAAAUAACCAGAUUACAGACUGCAGCAUGUUCGCUGCCUUUCUCCCGUGUCCUGUCCCAGGCCGAGAGGAGAACUCAAGGUGGGAGCACAUCUUAUUCACCUGCUGCCACAACCAGCACCUGGCCCUGCCGCCCCCAAGGAGACGGUUGCUCUCUCGGAGUGACAACUGGAGAGAGAUCAUAGGCAGCGAGUGGGAAGCUGUGCAACGCGACCCAGCGGGCCUGGGGCUGCUGCAGGAACGAGCUGAGGGACCAGGGCCAUGGACAGUAGCUGAAGCGAGGGAAGGCAGGCCAGCAGGUGACCCUAGCAGAGCUGAGUGACAGCGGAUCGUUGUGGCAGUGACCGCUG